UCACCUGAUGCGCUCGCCCGGGGUGCCGCGUCAGUUGAUCGCGGAACCGCGCUGCGUAACGGGGGCUCGCGGUGCUCGGGUCGGGUCCAGCCAGCUCGCCACCGCAGCCAUGUCGUACUUCCUCGAGCUCUUCUUCAACGUGGACAAUGGCUACUUGGAGGGCUUGGUGCGCGGCCUCAAGGCCGGGGUGCUCAGCCAGGCGGACUACCUCAAUCUGGUGCAGUGCGAGACGCUGGAGGACCUGAAGCUGCACCUGCAAUGCACUGACUAUGGCAACUUCCUGGCCAAUGAGGCAUCCCCACUGACUGUGUCAGUCAUCGAUGACCGGCUCAAGGAGAAGAUGGUGAUGGAAUUCCGCUACAUGAGGAACCAUGCCUAUGAGCCCCUGGCCAACUUUCUGGACUACAUCACUUAUAGCUACAUGAUUGACAACGUCAUCCUGCUCAUCACGGGCACACUGCACCAGCGCUCCAUCACUGAGCUUGUGCCCAAGUGCCACCCCCUGGGCAGCUUCGAGCAGAUGGAGGCCGUGAACAUUGCGCAGACACCCGCUGAGCUCUACAACGCCAUCCUGGUGGACACUCCCCUGGCGGCUUUUUUCCAGGACUGUAUCUCUGAGCAGGACCUCGACGAGAUGAACAUCGAGAUCAUCCGAAACACUCUCUACAAGGCUUACCUGGAGUCCUUCUACAAGUUCUGCACCCGGCUGGGCGGGACCACGGCCGACGUCAUGUGCCCCAUCCUGGAGUUUGAAGCUGACCGACGCGCCUUCAUCAUCACCAUCAAUUCCUUCGGCACUGAACUGUCCAAGGAGGACCGGGCCAAGCUCUUCCCGCACUGUGGGCGGCUCUACCCUGAGGGUCUGGCCCAACUGGCUCGAGCUGACGACUACGAGCAGGUCAAGAAUGUGGCCGACUACUACCCGGAGUACAAGCUGCUUUUCGAGGGUGCAGGCAGCAAUCCCGGAGACAAGACGCUGGAGGACCGAUUCUUUGAGCAUGAGGUGAAGCUCAACAAGUUGGCCUUCCUGAGCCAGUUCCACUUCGGGGUGUUCUAUGCCUUCGUGAAGCUCAGGGAGCAGGAGUGCAGGAACAUUGUGUGGAUAGCCGAGUGCAUUGCCCAGCGUCACCGCGCCAAGAUCGACAACUACAUCCCCAUCUUCUAGCACCAAGGCUGUGUGUGUGUGUGUGUGUGUAUGUAUGUAUGUGUGUGUCUGUGUCUCUGUGUGUAUGUAUGUCUGUGUGUGCUCAGGGGGGACUCACAGUCUUCCUCCAACCUCUGAGACUGCUCCUGGGCCUACAGAGGGGCUGAGCACCUCUUUUCCUUCCCAGGAUGGACCAACCCCCACCUCCAGAGCAUGGAGGCCCCUCAGCCCUGGCUCCAGCCACUGAGUGUCUGAGAAGCAUGUGGUCACUGUUGUGUUCCUCCCUAACCUGAGGACCCCUGAGGCAGUGUGCGCCUUGUCUCCCCUCUGGGAGGUCACAACCUUGUGGUAACCCAGCUGAAGGGGUACAGGAAUAUCCUUGGGUGGAGGAAUUAGCUCUUCAGCCCCACCCUGAGAUAAUAAACUAUCCCCACCCCA